CCUCUCGCGUGGCAUCGCCGUCGCCAACUUGGACCAACUCUUCUUCGUCCUUUGCGCGUGUAGUACCAGCGGGCAAGCAAGCAAGCGGUGUGCAGUGUUCAGUUCUCAAUGUGUGCUUUGUUUAUCUCGUGCGCCUCGUUCGCGUCGCGUGCUCGGUUGUGAUAAAUUAUUGUAUGUACGUGCGGUUAUGAUGACAUUUAAAUUUUAGUUUCACCGUGAUAUCACAACCGUUCGGAUGUUUCUGCGCCUUUCUCCGCAACUUGAAAAAAAAAGUUCUCAUGAAAAGUGUGUCCUCCUGUUCUUAUAAGAUUGGUUGGGACUUGUAUCAUUAUAUCAUGGUUUGGUGACAAACCAGUUUAUGGGAUUCGGUUUUCAGAGAAUUUAUCAGCUUACAACGAAAAGUUACUCAAGUGGAAAUGGCUUUUAGGUGUUUAUCUAGAAGAAAGCGAGUGUAAUAUAGUCUAAGCAAAUACCGUCGGGAUUGUAAAAAAUAACUGAUAGAACGAAGACCACAACAACGAGCAUAAUAAAAUAAGCAAAACUUUUUUAUCCGGAAUACGUGAAAUGAAAGUAUCAGACCAAAGCCUAUUUUUUGGCUAGUCCGUGUGUGUGUGUGUGUGUGUGUGUGUGAGAAGUGAAACAAUGAAUCUGGACUCGUUACCACGACCUGAAACAAUUCACGUAACGGCGCCGGGAGCUACCACCGUGCGGCCACCGCAAACCAUGCCGCAGCGAUCGCCGUUCGCAAUUCAGGAGCUCCUCGGCCUGAGCGACAGCUCCCGGCCUAGUGGCGUGGUGUCCGCCGUGACACCAUCGCUCUACCCGGGAAUGGGCCAAAGCCCGUUUUCGUCGGAUUCGCACCAGAUGCAGAUGGCCUCGCGGAUGGCCUACUUUAACGCGCACGCAGCCGUUGCGGCGGCAUUUCUGCCGCACAAUAUGGCUGCGAGCGCUGCCGGAGGGCCGUUACAGCUGCAUCACCAAACGAGCGGCGGUUUCCCGCAUUUGAAAUCAACCUUCGGAUCCGCCACCAGCCCAUGCUUACCAGGAGGAGUGGAUUCCAGCAAAGAUUACACGUUAGAAAAUAUCAAUGGAUACGGCAAGAAAAAGAAAAAGAAGCGGAGGCAUAGCCGAACGAUAUUCACCAGCUACCAGUUAGAUGAGCUAGAAAAAGCCUUCAAAGAAGCACACUACCCAGAUGUAUAUGCUAGAGAAAUGCUAUCGCUUAAAACAGAUCUUCCAGAGGAUAGGAUACAGGUACGUGGUAGAUAAAAUGAAAUAUUGUUUUAAUUAGAACAAUUAUCCAGAACGAGUCACAUGGAAAGUAGAAUUUAUAUGCUAAACUGCAUUGAGGACAGCACCAACAAAAGAAAAUCAAGCUUAUAAUGAUAUGCAAGGCGUUGAUCGCUGUCACAUAAAUAUUCUAAAAAUUUCAUUAGCAUUGUUUUGAGUUGUCCAGGUGAGAAUCAUGAGCCACACCAGACAUUUCAAAACAUACAAUAGUCGUCAAGCGUAGGAAUUUCUUCCCAAAUCUGUUGAUGCCGUCGGGCUGAAAUUCGCACUCUGCUGAUGCUACACG